GCUUAGGUGUAGGUGCCACCGCUAUAGGCGACGAAUAGAGGGCAUUUAAGUUGCAGUGUAGUUGUACUGGUUAACGGCAAACUUGAAUUGGGUGUUAUGAUGGGUCGUAAAGUGGUUGUAGCAACUUGUGCGCUGAACCAGUGGGCUUUAGACUUUGAAGGAAAUUUGCAGAGAAUUUUAAAAAGUAUUGAAAUAGCAAAAUCCAAGGGAGCACGGUAUAGGCUUGGACCAGAACUUGAAAUUUGUGGUUACGGCUGUUCGGAUCACUUCUACGAGUCGGAUACCAUUCUUCACUCUUUUCAAGUCCUUGCAACACUUCUGACAUCGCCUAUUACUGAAGAUAUAAUAUGUGAUGUUGGUAUGCCAGUAAUGCAUAGAAAUGUCCGUUACAAUUGCAGAGUUAUUUUUCUUAAUAAGAAAAUCCUUUUGAUUCGGCCGAAGAUGAUAUUGGCCAAUUCGGGGAAUUACAGAGAACUUCGCUGGUUUACACCAUGGAGUAAACCACGGCUGGUGGAAGAGUACUUUCUACCCAGAAUGAUACAGAACUUGACAGGGCAAGAUACAGUACUGUUUGGAGAUGCAGUAAUUGCAACAAAGGAUACAUGUAUUGGCAGUGAAAUAUGUGAAGAGCUUUGGGUACCAAACAGUCCUCAUAUUGGCAUGGGUUUAGAUGGAGUAGAGAUAAUUACCAAUUCCUCAGGAAGUCAUCAUGUCCUGAGAAAAGCUCAUAUCCGAGUAGAUUUAGUCAAGUCAGCUACAGCUAAGAAUGGAGGAAUCUAUGUACUUGCAAAUCAAAAAGGCUGUGAUGGCGAUCGUUUGUAUUACGACGGUUGUGCCAUGAUUGCAAUAAAUGGAAAUAUUGUGGUCCAGGGAUCUCAGUUCUCUGCAGAUGAUGUGGAAGUGAUAGCAGCAACUCUGGAUUUAGAAGAUGUCCGAAGCUACAGAUCAGCAAUUAUAUCUCGGAACUUACUGGCAAGUGAAGCACCAUCCUAUAAACGAGUGAAGGUGAACUUUUCCUUAUCUGUAGUGGCGGAUAUCCAUGUACCAACCUCUGAACCUAUAGAGUGGCAGUACCAUACCCCAGAGGAAGAAAUCAGUCUGGGUCCAGCUUACUGGUUGUGGGACUAUCUAAGACGUAGUGGCCAGUCUGGCUUUCUCCUGCCUCUGAGUGGAGGAAUUGACAGCUCUGCCACAGCUUGCAUUGUUUAUUCCAUGUGCCAUCAGGUGUGCCUUUCUGCAGCGAAUGGCAAUGCACAGGUGCUGGAAGACCUCCAAAAGAUAGUAUGUGAUAAUAGUUAUAUACCUAAAGACCCUCGAGAGCUAUGUGGGAAAAUAUUUACCACUUGCUAUAUGGCUAGUGAAAACUCUUCACAGGACACCCAGCAGAGGGCCAGGAUGCUUGCUGAACAAAUUGGCAGCUAUCAUAUCAACCUAAACAUUGAUGGAGCUGUUAAGGCCAUGAUGGGAAUUUUCACCAUGGUGACUGGUAAAUCUCCUCAGUUUCGAAUGCAUGGAGGAAGUAGCAGGGAGAAUUUGGCACUGCAAAAUGUGCAAGCUAGAAUAAGAAUGGUCCUUGCCUACCUCUUUGCACAGCUGAGUUUCUGGGCUCGAGGAAAACCAGGAGGACUUCUUGUGUUGGGGUCUGCAAAUGUUGAUGAAAGUCUUAGAGGUUACCUGACCAAGUAUGAUUGCUCUAGUGCUGAUAUCAAUCCAAUUGGUGGAAUAAGUAAGACAGAUUUACGAAGCUUCAUUCAGUAUUGUAUUGAACAUUUUAAUUUGACUGCUCUAAGAGGCAUAAUGUCUGCACCACCUACAGCAGAGUUGGAGCCACUGUCAAAUGGAUUUGUAUCCCAGACUGAUGAGGUAGAUAUGGGAAUGACGUAUGCUGAACUGUCUAUGUACGGUAAACUGAGAAAAUUUGAAACAUGUGGACCAUACAGUAUGUUUUAUAAACUUCUUAACAUGUGGAGAGGGAUCUGUAACCCACAAGAAGUGGCAAAUAAGGUGAAGCACUUUUUUAGAAUGUAUUCCAUUAACAGGCACAAAAUGACUAUACUAACUCCAGCAUAUCAUGCUGAAAAUUAUAGUCCUGAUGAUAACAGAUUUGAUCUGCGACCAUUCCUGUACAACUCUUCAUGGCCUUGGCAGUUCCGGUGUAUCGACGCUGAGGUAUCCAAGAUUGAAAAUAAUGAAUUGAAUCCAGCCUAUGAAGAGUUAGACUGACUGAUAAGCCCAGCAUAGCGAAUAAAACUGUAAUCAAUUUCCGCAAUGUAAUACCAUAUGGCAAUUGGUUGAAUUCUUCCUGACUCUUCUAGUAAACCUACUCAAGAAGAGAUGCUUAUAUAUAGAAGUCAGUCCUAAUUAUGAAUGGCACCUUGCUUGAUGUCAUACACUUCUGUUAGAUGGAGCUAUGUGGCAAGCAUUUGUUUUUAACUUUAUGGAUCAUCUGUCAUCAUCCCUCCUCUUCCUUGCGCUGUUGUGGGUAUUCAUUGCUGAAACAAUAUUAGUCUUUAUAAAAUAUGUAUAAUUUUUGACUAAUGUAGAGCUUAACUGGGAUGUGGGAAUGACUUAAUGUAGUUCAGAUUUCCUUUAAUGUUUUCAAUCGUUUUAUUGCACUGGCACAUUAAAGAUUUAUAAAUUAUUUUAUAAAGAUGCACAGUUAAAUGCCUAGGAUUCAGGGUGUCACAUUCCCUGCAGCACAUCUGUCAUGUUUCCGCCAUGCAAAAUGUCUGCCUUGAAUAACUUAGCACAGGAUAACUUGUUUGUUACUGGAUUGCUUCUUGUAGGAGUACUGGACAAAAGAGCAAAUCUUUGCAAAACAUUUGUUGAUAGAUUUCUUUUCUGUUUAUGUUGUAGUGUAACUGAGGAAUAGCCCGUAAUGAGAUUGGAGUUUUCCAAGAAUUUGACUUUCUGAAUGUAUUGGGACAUAACUUGGGACUAAAAGUUGUUUCUACCUGUCCAAAUAUUUACUAAAAUGUUAAGUUCUGUGCUGUGCUGUGCAUUUCAUGUUUUUGUGUUAUUUGUAACACUUUUGCCUUGGAAAUUUUUAAAAAAUUCUAGUACUGAUACAGAAAUAAAAAGAGAUGAUUGUUUAAAUGACUAGCCCCUAGUAUGUGCAGUACUGAAUUCCAAAUGACUCUUUCCAUAUCCUGCUCAAUACCAUCCUCAAGCUACUGUGAGGGUGUGCAUGACGCACUUGCUUAUAUUAUUUAUAAUUAAUACACUGAUGUGUAGACACUAUUAUUGCUGAAAUUAAUUUAAAACUAGUGAAUAAGGGCAAGUUAAAGACAUGAAGAGAAACUACCAUCAUAACUAAAUUAGCAGGAGGGACAUUUAUUAUCAUCUGUCUUGUAUACAAUAGACACAUUCCCAUAUUAAUGCUAUUUAACAAAGGGAGAUCAGUGUAAAAUACUAGAUUAAUCUUGAAAUGUUUUCAGUUCUUACUGUAAAACAUUUGCAUUUCCUGUGUUUUUAAGAUGGGAAUGUGCUGUUCUGUACAGGAUGUGUUCUGUUACUAUCUUAGCUCUUCCAAUAGGAAUGGUAACCCCUCCUUAACUCCACAACAGACAAUGUUAUAAAAUUAAUUAUAUAUAUUAUAUAAAAUUAAAAAAAGGUAAUUGGUAUGUGAGGGUUGUCACAUGCUGUAACACCAGUAGUAGAUAACCAUGAAUUGUGGAACACUCGUAACAAUGCAAAAUUAAUAAAGUAACGAAAGAAAAAAAUGGCAGCUCUAAUUACUGGCAGAUUUGUGAUAGUAUUUCUUUGUGCAGAUGAUUCUCCAGGUUGUGAAAGAGGUUGUAACUUCCCUCUGGCCUGUCUACACUGCAACAUCAUUUAUUUAAUGAUAUGAAUAUGGAACUUGACAGUAGAUGUGUAGGGUGGGUGGGAGGGCAUGAUCCACACACACACACACACACACACACACACACACACACACACACACGGAGUAAGAACAGCAGUGCAAAAGUAGUGUGUUACCAUUCAUAUUAAUGGAGAAAAAUGGUGCAUAAAAUAUACUGGUGCUUAGACUCCAUAUUUUCUCAUAAAAGGCAAGUAAUUUAACUUCAGUAUUGUAUACGUGUUACUGUUUGUGCUUAUGGUUGUAAGGAGCUUCAGCUCCAGACUCAAAACUGACAAGUAGAUUUCAUCGACCCUGUUAGUCAUCGGGUCUUAGCCCUUUGUUGUGCAGACAUCAGGGGGCACUCCGGUAAACAUUUUCCCAAAAAGGGACCUAGUUUGAUUGCAAAUUCUGUAUUGUUAAAAACAAAGCUCAGGACUGCUAUCUGCAGUUAUUUUCUGUUAGUUAUGUAACUUCCAUGCAGUCUCUAGCUGCUCAUAACAUUUUUAACGUAUUCCUUCCAGUACAGCUCUUUUGAGUGCGUACCUUUAACUCCCAAUGGGUGUGGCUUGAGCCUUUAAAAAUGAAGACAUCACCUUAGAGUUCUAACAAAUACUCACUGACAGAGGUUAAAUAUCAAUACAGUUGUUUGCCAUCAUGUAUGCUUCAAAGUCUGUAUGUAACAUGGUUUUGGAAUUAUUAAUGCAGAUAUGAACAAGCAAUUUUUUAACGCCUAGAGGCGAAGUAGGAGUUAACUGCAGAAAUGCCUGGAGGUGCACUCAGUUGUGAAAAAUGUCCUGUGACUUGUAUUAAGUUGAUCAUAAAAUCUAUUAGUAUAACUGUUCAGGCUGUGAAUGUAGGACAGCCGGAUGUGGAAAAAAUAAUACAUUUCUUUGUAUUUAUGUAUUGGUUAAAUCUGUGUAAUUGCAGUGUGGAACUUUCUAUUUAUAUACAGACAUGUAUCUGUGUAUGUAUAAUAAACAUGGUUAAAAACCUAUGAACUAUACAAGUAAUUAAAUACGAUUGGUAACAUUGAUCUGUUUGUUUUUCUGCAAAUAAAUACCCUGCACUAAUUUAAUCAGUA